ACUGUUUACUACUUUAACUGCCGUAUUGCGUAUCCCCCUCUGCCUGACAUCGAGUACAGAAGCAGCAGCGGAGAAGAAGACAUCGUCCGCCAUGUCUUUCGCUGGGAUGUUACCCCCUAUCAGCAGGUCUUUGAGAAUGGAUUCCAAGCAAGGCGUCAACAAGGCACUCCCGACGAGGUCUAUUACGAUCUGGAUCGCUACGUCCAUCAUGGCGGUAGGCCUCUUGAUUCCACGCGGCCCGCAAACUAUGCCUUCGUUAGCACCACGCUUAGCAGCGCUUGGCAUCCCAGCCUCCAGCCCGGGGAUCCACCGAGAGAAGUAUAUCGAUAUGAGAUAUUUGCUCCCGGCGGCAUUUGGGUGGCCGAGACUCUUGGUGAUCGUUACCGAUACCCUUCCCAAGACGAGGUCUGCUUUGUUGCUGGCAUCGCCCCUCAGUACAUUCGCUCUGCCCAACUCUUCAGGCUUACAGUUGACGGGAGGUUUACAAGAGCGGCGAGAGUGGAUAACACAAUAAAAGUAAAUGGGCGCUUCAAUCCACAAUCGCAUCCAUCGAGGUUGCUCAACAUUCGGAGGCCAGUGUUUGAUUACCGGGCUGAAAAUGGUACGGCGGCGAAUCUAGUCAUUAACGUCUACCGACCUCAGCGAGACAAACGAGAGGCGUCCACCGACCCUAACUCCGCCGAGUGGUACGCUGGCAAAGUGGCUGACUUUAAGAGCUACAUCAAUGCUGCAUUCCGUUCGUCUCGUCAAAGUGAAGCCUAUCUAUUCAUGAAGAACGAGUACGUGCGAGUGAACUAUGCUCCAGGUACGACAGGCGACUGGGUGGUGAAUGGACCGCUUCUUAUCUGCAAUGGGUUUCCAACCCUCACGGACGCAGCAUUUGCAGAAUAUGGAAUAGACUGUGCUUUUGGGUCACAUGAUGGGUCUGAAGCGUUCGUCUUCUCUAUGAAUCUCUGUGCACAGAUAAGCUACACACCGGGCACCACCAAUGACAAGAUAAGCAAAGGCCCGAUGACCAUCGCUGCGAUGUUCCCCUUCUUCAAAAGGACGGUGUUCGAAAGCGGCGUAGACGCCGCGUUUGAGUCAACGACAAGUUAUGAAGCUUACCUCUUCAAAGGCAACCAGUAUGCUCUCAUAAACUACGGUUCUGAUUCCCACCUCAUCGCCAUCCGUCUCAUCACUCAAGGCUUUCCUAGUUUGAAAAACACCAUCUUUGAAAGUGGAAUCGAUGCAGCGUUUGCUUCGCACAGGUAUAAUGAGGCGUACCUAUUCAAAGGAGAUUCCUACGCCCUCAUCAACUUUGCUCCCGCCACCACAGAUGACUACAUCAUUGGUGGCGUGAAGAAAAUCAGUUCCCAUUGGCCCUCUUUGCGUAGCAUCUUGCCUCGCAAAAAUCGUGGUCUUGACGUUCAUGAUCACACUAUUCCUGAUGCUCGCUCACACCGUGACCACGAUGAACUUUAAAGAGUCAGUCUUACAUGCCUAGGUAUGCACGGUACGCUUCGAAUAAGAGUUUGGCUCGGUUUGGUAUUUUCUCUAGUUUAUCUUUGGUUGGAAUAAUUAAGGGUGAAGUGGGGAUUGGGUUAUCUUAUAUUCUCCUCCUCGAUCCACCUUAUCCUCUAGUUAGCAGCUUAUUCUAGAGGUGCUUCGGAUUAUUUUAUCUUUGGAGGAAUGUUGUGUUCACUGUUGCCUUAAUAAUAUUGCCCGUAUAUUAUCAUAAUAAAUAAUUGUGGUA